AUGCUGUCUAGCAGCAGUCAGGCUUCGCCCGUGGCAACCAAGCUGAAUCGCCGAGUACCUCUACCUACUUUGCCGCCCAUCUGCGAUGGCCCUUUUUACUGCCUCACAGUCGAGCUGGCUACAAACGCAUACCAGGGCUUCAAGAACUUGUGGUGCGUGGCUAGUGGGCACUCGGAUGAUGAUGCGAAGCAGUGGCGCACCUACUUCUUCAAUGGUAAGCAGCAUGCGGUAGAAAUAUCGGACAAGGCGCGGCGAGCUGAAGAAAAGCUUUCACGCUGGACAGGCAACUGUGCGGGCCAAGUCAGGAUGACCUGCUCCGAGAUGUACCCCGGCGGGCUUACCGUACAAGGCGAGGGUUUGGUGGACUUUGCUUUCAGCCAGAAGGGUGGACUUUCCCACAUGCACACUCUCGACAAGCAAAUCGCGGGUCUCUCUAGCGAUAGGCAGAUCCUUGAUGCCGCCACAGGGGACAUGGAUACGCUGAUCACAGACAUUGGCUUUGUUGACUUCAUUCUCUACUGCAAGGACUGGUAG